AGGUAAUUAAAGAGAAGGAAGAAGAAACAUAAUGGUUGGCCAGUUGCUACUUCAUAUCACUCUGUUCUUGUGGUCUAUGAGUAAUGCACUACUAGCAGUAGCAUCAGAAGCAUCCUUGGCAAAACCAAAUUGUUUGUCGCAAUGCGGAAACAUCACUCAAAUCCCGUAUCCUUUCGGAAUUGGAGCAGGUUGUUACCUGGACGAUUGGUUCCAAAUAAUAUGCGACAACUCAGCCAGCCCUCCGAAGGCUUUCUUGAACCGGACUGGGUUAGAGGUGCUGGAAAUUUCUCUUGGAGGCACACUUACAGUCACAAGCGCAAUCACCUUCUCUAAUUGCAAUAACAAGAAAAGCGACCGCCAGGCACCCAACGUGUUUGGAAGCCCUUUUGUGUAUUCCCAGAGCAACAGAUUCACUUCAAUCGGUUGUGAGGUAAUUGCCUUGAUGUCAGAUUUUGGGAAACCACUUGCUGGGUGCUAUUCCAUUUGUGAUAAUACUGCUCACAGUAGUAGUACUAUCUUUCCAAAUAACAGCUGUAGUGGUUUGCACUGCUGCCAGACCACCAUUUUGAAAGGUCUUUCAUUCUUCGAUACUACUUUUCGAGCAAUGCUAAACGAUAGUGAAAGUGAAAAGGAAUGCAAGUAUGCCUUCCUGGUAGACCGCGAUUGGUUUAUGUCAACAAAUAUCUCUACCAUUGUGGACAUGGACAACGUCCCUGUAGUGCUGGAAUAUCAGUUGCGUCAAUAUUCUGCACAGGAUAUAUAUGGAACAUAUAACUUUUCCCCUCAAAACAUGACCUGCAACAAUCAUUGGCAAUGUUCUUGCAAAACGGGCUAUCAAGGAAACCCCUAUCUUCUUGAUGGAUGUCAAGAUAUCGACGAAUGUCUCAACUCCUCUAGUUGUCGUGCGGGCACUUGUAUAAAUCGUCCAGGGGACUUUGUAUGCUACCAGCCGGAUCCACGACCAAUUCGACGGAUUAACGUGGCCGUUUUAGUUGCUGGCGGUGUGAUUGGACUCUUGUUUCUACUCAUUGGAGCUUGGUGGUCGCACAAAGUUAUAAAGAAGAGGAAGGAUAACAAACGCAAGCAAAAGUUUUUUAAACAAAAUGGAGGUUUGUUGUUGGAGAAGCAAUUAUCUUCUGGUGAAGUUAAUGUUGAGAAAAUUAAGUUGUUCAGUUCAAAGGAUUUAGACAAAGCCACAGACAAGUUCAGUAUAGAUAGAAUUCUUGGUCAAGGAGGUCAAGGUACUGUUUACAAAGGAAUGUUGUCAGAUGGAAGAAUUGUUGCUGUCAAGAAGUCAAAAAUAGUUGAUGGAGGAGAAGUCGGACAAUUUAUUAAUGAAAUUGUCAUUCUUUCACAGAUUAUUCACAGAAAUGUGGUUAAAAUAUUGGGGUGUUGUUUAGAGACUGAAGUCCCCCUUUUGGUUUAUGAAUUCAUACCCAAUGGAACGCUUUCUCAGUAUAUUCAUCACCCAGAUGAGGAGUUUUCUCUUACAUGGGAAAUGCGCUUACGAAUUGCCAUUGAAGUUGCAGGAGCUCUUUCCUACUUACACUCAGCUGCUUCCUUUCCCAUUUACCACCGAGACAUCAAGUCUUCUAAUAUACUCUUGGAUGAAAAGUACAGAGCAAAAGUAGCUGACUUUGGGACUUCAAGAUCAGUUUCCAUUGAUCAAACGCACCUCACUACACUAGUACAUGGAACGUUUGGUUAUCUGGACCCGGAGUACUUCCAAUCAAGCCAAUUUACAGAGAAGAGCGAUGUUUAUAGCUUUGGCGUGGUCCUUGCUGAGCUCUUGACUGGACAAAAACCAGUUUCUUUCAUGAGGUCACAAGAAAGCAGAAGUCUAGCAACUUAUUUCCUGCUUUCCAUGGAGAAUAAUCUUCUAUUUGAUAUUCUUGAUUCUCAAGUUAUGAAGGAUGGUAGAAAGGAAAAGAUUACAGCAGUUGCUAACCUUGCUGUUAGAUGCUUGAAUUUGAAUGGAAGGAAUCGUCCUACUAUGAAAGAAGUAGCAGUGGAGUUGGAGGGAAUUCAAUUGUCAGUUAGAGCUGAGACAUAUGUUCAACAAGUUUUCCCAGAGGUCCGAUGUGUCCAAACUAAGGAAAUAAAUGAGGUUUGGGAUGUUGUUUCUUCAUCAACUGGUGCUUGUACGGAUGGUGGUACAGGUUCUUCAUUCGAUGUACAACCGCUAUUGUUUUUCAAUACACAGUGAACAAAUAUUUGUUGUAAUUAUAUAUUCUCGGUUUUUGGACUUGGAAUCAUUUUUUAGACUAUCACCUUAUCUGUAAGGAAAUUUUCUAGCUCUGUUUGUUGUGUUGGAUUUUAUGCAAGAUGAGAGAAGAGAAUAAUGGAAACAAGAUGAACU